AUGGACCCAUUCAUCUCACUUCAGAUCGGGCCUAAGAUCAUGGUCAUCAUCGGCAGACACCAGGAAUCUGUCGAUAUAAUGGAGAAAGAAGGUGGUCUACUAGCCGACCAUCCUCGUGCAGUUGCGGCAGGAGAGAUCUUGUCAUGCGGGCUGCGUUUGAUCCUUGUACCCGCAGGAGAGCAGUUCCGCAGACUUCGCAGAGUGGCUCAUACUCACCUUCAAGCGAAAGCUGCAGAAUCCUAUGCGCCAAUCCAGAUGGAUGCUGCCCAUAAUGUCAUCCUCGAUCCUUAA